AUGAUCAACGAAGCUUUGAAUGGAAGACUACGAGAAGUAACCGAUAUUGCUAACAAAGUGCUAACAAACGAAGCGAAACGAUAUGAAACAUAUGCAACAGAAACAAGACAGCUAAUAAUACUAUCUAAUUUAGAUAUUUUGCAAGACCAGAUUGAAACUAUCGAAGAAGCCAUUAUAUCAGCCAAACACGGAAUACCGAACAGCAAAUUAUUGUCCACCGAAGACUUACAAACGAUUAACGAAUUCCUGAAGAAGAACAGUUUUGAUUAUAAUACAGCAGAAGAACUUCUUGCUCAAUCAGUAGCGCAAUUCAUGAUGAAUACGACACAUGUUCUGUAUAUGCUAAAAUUCCCAAGAAUAUCCUCACAAAUCUACGAGUAUGAUUUCAUCGAACCAAUAGUAAAAAAUGGGAAACGAAUAAUAUGUGAAGGAAGCAACCUUCAACAUCCUACGCAAUGUGUAUACCAACUUAUACAAGGAGAAAAUUCCGAAUGCCAAUAUGAAAAAGUAUAUUCAGCUAAAUUGAUCACACAGAUAAAUGAUGCAAAUAUUCUGAUCAAUAAUGCAUGGGCUGAAAUUACAUCAAACUGCAGCAACUCAAAGCAAUCUUUAAAUGGUUCAUUUAUAAUACAGUUCGAGAAUUGCAGUAUAAACAUUAAUGACGAGAUAUUCUCCAAUACAGAAGUCAUCAUCCCUAGAAGAUCUCAUCAUUCAACAUUGGGAUUGAUAGUCAACGAGACCAGCCUUGAAGAUAAUCCACCUACAGAGUUCUUGAACAACAUUACAUUAGAAAACCGCAGAAUAUUGCAAACCAUUAAUCUACAAAAUGAGUCGCUGGAAUUCAAAUUGCAUUUAUUCGGAUCGAUAGGAACAACAACGAUCGUAAUUGUAACUGGCAUUGGCAUAUU